AUGAAUCUGAAUGUAGUUCGCAUUCCACAUGACGUCAACGUCAUGUGCCUGCUGAUAAACUUUUCUUCCUGUUUUUAUUAUCCGGACUACUGCGCAGAUAUGGACGCAGCGCAGACAGGUGAGCCUACAGUUAUUCAGGCUGACAUGACGGGGGUGGCCACUCAAGAAAAGGCGUCAAGCUCAAAGAAGAAGAGUGAGAGGAAGUGUGCCACUAAAGAGGAGUACAGACAGCUGUCCAGCAUCAUGGGAGUCAUGAACAACCUGAGGAAACAGGGUACCCUCUGUGAUGUGACCCUGGUGGUCCAGGGAAAACACUUUCCUGCCCACAGAGUUGUGUUAGCUGCUGCCAGCCACUUCUUCAGCCUCAUGUUUACUACCAGAAUGAUGGAGUCAAUGUCACAUGAGGUGGAGCUUAGGAGUGCUGAGCCUGAGAUCAUUGAGCUGCUGAUUGAAUUCAUCUACACAGCUCGGAUUUCAGUGAACAGCAGUAACGUCCAGUCGUUGCUGGAUGCAGCCAACCAGUACCAGAUUGAGCCUGUGAAGAAAAUGUGUGCCGAGUUCCUCAAAGGACAAAUUGAUGCAACAAACUGCCUUGGUAUUUCUGCCCUGGCAGACUGUAUGGACUGCCCCGAGCUGAAGGCAGCAGCAGAGGACUUCUUCCAGCUUCAUUUCACUGAGGUCUACAAACUGGAUGAGUUCCUGCAGCUGGACGUCACACAGCUCACACAUCUGCUGCACCAGGACACACUCACUGUCCGUGCUGAGGCUCAGAUUUAUGAUGCAGCAGUGCGAUGGCUAAAGUUCGACGUGUGCAACAGAAAACGGUACAUGGUGGAGGUGUUGGGGUGUGUUCGAUUCCCUCUUGUCUCCAAAACCUUCCUCUCCAAGACGGUGCAGGCUGAGCCGCUCAUCCAGGACAAUCCCCAGUGCCUCAAGAUGGUCAUCAGUGGGAUGCGAUACCACCUGCUGUCUCUGGAGGAUCGAGAGGAUCUGGGAGAGAACAGCCGACCACGACGCAAGAAGCACGACUACCGCAUCGCUCUGUUCGGAGGCUCCCAGCCUCAGUCCUGUCGAUACUUCAACCCUAAGGACUCUAGCUGGACAGACAUCCGCUGCCCCUUUGAGAAGCGCCGUGACGCUUCCGCCGUCUUCUGGGACAACGUGGUCUACAUUCUGGGCGGCUCGCAGCUCUUCCCCAUCAAGCGCAUGGACUGUUACAAUGUCCUGAAGGACAGCUGGUACUCCAAGCUGGGCCCACCCACACCUCGAGACAGCCUGGCUGCAUGCGCCGCACAGGGAAAGAUCUACACUUCGGGGGGGUCUGAAGUGGGCAGCUCUGCCCUCGCUCUUUUCGAAUGCUACGACACAAGGACGGAAUCAUGGCAGGUGAAGAGCAGCAUGCUGAUGGCUCGCUGCAGCCAUGGAUCAGUGGCAGCAAAUGGGCUCAUCUAUGUGUGUGGAGGAACGGUGGGCAACAACGUGUCAGGCAGGGUGCUCAACAACUUUGAGGUUUACGACCCCAGCACAUCACAAUGGAGGGAGUUGUGUGGGAUGAGAGAGGCCAGGAAGAACCACGGGCUUGCGGUGGUCAACAGCAGGAUCUAUGCUGUUGGAGGGCAGGGGGCACUGGGUGGACUGGACUCUGUGGAGUACUACGACAUUGCUACCAAUGAGUGGCGUCCCGCUGCCCCAAUGCCAUGGCGAGGUGUAACAGUGAAGUGCGCAGCGGUCGGUGAUGUCAUCUAUGUGCUGGAGGGGUUCCAAGCUGUGGGGCGGCUCGGACACGUGCUGGAGUAUCAUACCGAGACUGACAGGUGGGUGACUUGCAGCAAAGUGAGGGCGUUUCCGGUCACCUGCUGCCUGAUCUGUGUGGUCGACACUUGUGGAGUGAACGAAGACGAGGACAUGGACCUCAUUGAGUCUCAGUCGCACCCCGCAACCUCUACAUCUAAAUCUGCCUCGUCAUAAUCUUCAUCUUACAACAAGAGGGAAGUUCAGCGUUCUUAAAGUUGUGUCAUUUGCUCUUGUCGGUUAAUAAUUCCUGACAUAUUACUUCUGUAUAUACUUUGUUACUUUCAAAUAUGUCCUGCAGUUACAUUUAUUUUCCACUUUUGUGCCAGAAUUGAAGUCGUAUUGUUAAUGUGCCAGAGGAAGCUUUCCACAAAUGUAUGUUUAAGGCGACAGAAAGACUUUUGAUCAAAGACUGUUGUUCAGUUGGACCCUCGGUUUUGCUUCAGAAAAAAGAUCCUGAGAUGGAUAAAAGGUGAAUAAAUGCAGUCUCCGAA